AUGGGCAAGCUCCCAACCCACCUCCCGCGGCCGACGAGCCUCCUCUGCCACCGGCCCAGAACGUCCAUCUCGAUCGCCUCCUCUUCCUCCUCGUCUCCCCUACCCUACAACGCCUCGACGCCCGUCCAGAGGACGACCCUCAUCCAGACCCGCGCCGCCACCUUCGUCCCGCGCCCGCGCCGCCCCUACACCUUCACCCAGCUCAUCCAGCUCUCCGACGGGAGCACCUACACCGUCCGCUCCACCUCCCCGGCUGCCCUCGUCCGCUCCGCAAAGGACACGCGCAACCACGCGCUGUGGCAGCCCUCCGAAAAGUCGCUCCAGAACGUCGAGCUUGACGAGGCCGGCAAGCUCGCCGCCUUCCGUGAGCGCUUCGGCCGCGGCUUCGACCUCGCCGCGGGGCCCGCCGCCGAGCAGGAGACUGCCGCGGCUGCAGAUGACGCCGUCCCUGCCACCGCCGCCGAGGCCAAGGACGACGUCUUCGACAUGGGCGACUUGAUCAGCGGGUACGCGGCGUUGGAGCCCCAGAAGGUGCUCAGUGAUUCCAAGAAGGGGAGCAGGAAGAAGAAGAAUUAA